CUUAACACAAACCCCAGCUUCUCUCUAUUUGCUGCUUUCUUUACGUCCCGCUUUCUCGCGUCCUCCGUCCUCACAAUGAUGGAUUUUUUUUUGCCCAGCUUCUAGCACGGUCAGAAGACUCGCCAACUCAGCAUCCGAAGGCCGCAGUGAAAUGACCGUGGAUUCCGACCAAGACCCAGGCCCUCACGCCAACCGGGAGAUGCUCCCUGUCCCGGGCCCUGUCACGCCUCGGCCCGGCGACAAGCUCUGUCAUGUCUGCGAAAAACUCCAACUGAGUCCUCGACUGUUUGUCGUCUUUCCGGGAGAUGAGGGUUAGGGUUAACCCGAGACUUGUCAUUGCAAGCAGACGUAUACAACGCCUUUGUUGGUGUGGCACGCCAGAUCAAGCGGCAGUUGAAUACUGGCAUCUACCACAGGCUGCCAACCAUCUAUUUCUACUGGUUUCUGCUAUGGUGUCCUCUACCUCUUCACACUCGCCGCCUCUCAGAAACGAUCAGCCAACCCGUGGGGCCCAGCUGGUCCUGGUUCUCAUGGGUUGGCUCUUGGUCAUAUAUAUGGGAAUGGUAUUGCCGGGAAAUUGAACGCAUUGGUAGAGGGAUACGAAAUCGAUGUUGGGUUUUUGGUAUCAGAGCCUGGGACAUGAUACGACAGAAUGCAAACGCCUUGCGCGGCUCAAUGACGACAUGAAUGGAGCUGUUGAGCCACCCUUGAAGGCUGAACGCAGAAAUUACUAUGAUAGGAGCUUGGAACCAUCAAGUUGCAACCAGGUUGGAUGGAUGAACAUGCGCUUCAGGCAGAAAGAGAGUUCAUGCUACUCUGAUCUGACUGAACACGAUCUUGGAUGGGGGUACAAGGUGAUGAUGCUUGAUAGGAGAGAUGGGGACGGUGGCAGACACGCAACACGGUCGAUUUCGAGCAUGUAUGCGGAGCGUGUCGCCGUUGGAUCCAUUGACGUGUGCCAGUUGCUGGCUCGACUGGUCUGGAAGGAGAUCAUUCUUGGCUAGCAUUUUGUGGGCCAUCUGCACGCAAACCAUUCCUCUGCACGCUUGGUCACAGAGUGCCUGGCUGUUGACUGGUCCAACCAUCGUCAAAAUCUUGGCAAGGCCUCCAAUUUGGGUUAUCAGCCCCAGAGUCACAACCGUUUCCAUGACCACUGCCCGCCUUUGAGUUUCCUAAAAAUGCUCAGCUGAACCAAGCCAAGUGAGCCCGCGGCCGAGUACCCUGGCCAGGUCGGCGGUUAGCUUCUUCGGGGCGGUCAGUCGACCUGUGCCAACCCAUACAAAUAUCCAUCAUGGUUCCCCCAAAACAGUAUCCAGAAGCCUACCACCUGACCAACUCCAAACAUGGCUGCUGUUCAGCUAGAUCUUGCAGCAGUGCAGCAGCUCGCCGCUGAGCAGCGCGCCCUUCUUGACACUAUUGACGAGCUUCGAAAACUUGGCCUAGGAAAAUUUGUCCAACUUCCUCAACUCAUCGUUGUUGGCGAUCAAUCAUCCGGAAAAAGCUCCGUCCUGGAGGCCAUCUCUCGUGUCCGCUUUCCUAUCAAAGACGGACUCUGCACGCGCUUUGCAACUGAGUUGGUGCUUCGCCAAGCCUCCCAGACGAAAGUCAACGUCCAGAUCCAGAAUGAUGCUGGCGAUGUGGACGAUCAUGUCUUUGACAGAACCGGCCUCAGCAACGACGAACUUCCUGCUAUCAUCGAGGAAGCCAAAGAUUUCAUGGUUGUCGGCUCGGGAUCAAGUACAUUCUCAGAACAAGUCCUCCGGGUGGAAAUUUCCGGCCCUGCUGUUCCACAGUUGACGCUUGUCGACCUCCCCGGUUUCUAUCAUAAUGAGACAGAGAACCAAGAGGCCGGCGGUGUUGCUGUGGUCGAUCGGCUCGCAGAAAAGUAUAUGCGCCAGAAGAACAGCAUCAUCCUCGCCGUUGUCUCAGCCCAAAGUGAGCUGGCUGCCCAAAAGGUCUUGAAUGAAGCGAAAAAACACGAUCCUACCCGAGGGCGAACCCUGGGAAUCAUCACCAAGCCCGAUAAGGUUGACCAGGGCUCCCACAACGAAGGCCAAUACUUGCGUCUGGCGGAGAACAAGGAAGGCUCUCACAAACUGGCACUCGGCUGGCAUGUGCUACGCAACCGAACUCAUAUGGAGACCACGUCAACAGAUGGCGAGCGUGAUGAGGCCGAGAAGAACUUCUUUCGAAACGGAGUGUGGGCAACAAUCAAGGCUCAGGACAGGGGCAUUGAGGCUCUCAGGGACAAGCUCAGCCAGGUUCUCUUGGCACACAUUCAGCGCAAACUUCCAGAGCUCAUGGAGGACAUUGAACACUUGAUCAAGCAACGUCAAAGUCGACUCAAGGAACUGGGCGAGCAACGUUCAACACCACAGGCCAUGAGAACGUACCUCACCAAGAUCAGUUCCCGUUUCCGUGAGCUUGCUGGUGAAGCAGUUAGGGGCAACUACCUUGACGAUUUCUUUGGCGGUUUGUAUCCUGAUCCAGACUCAACCGAAUAUACCGAUGCUCGAAUCAAGAAGUUGCGCGCUUUGGUGAGGGACCUCAACAGAGUCUUUGCACACGUUUUGUUGGUCAAAGGCAAUCGACGCAAGAUUAUUUGGGACGGCGAUAACCAGGACAGGGACUCUGAUGACGGUGAAUCUGACAACGAAGAAAAUGAAUGUUCUGAGCCAGAGCUUGCAGCCCAUCUUCACCAGCUUCUUGAACAUUAUCCUUUUGAAGACCCGGCAACCGUUUCGCUCGCAAAUCUCAAGGGCGAGUUGGAAGCCAUGGCCUCUGAAAACCAGGGCACCGAGUUUCCGGGCUCACCCAAUGAUCGAUUGACGCUCCGUCUCUUCCGGGAUCAAUCACAGCCUUGGGAGAACAUCGCCGAACGUCAUAUCAAACUGAUCACGGAAAUUUGUCAGGGCUUUACCGAGAAGCUCAUAGAUCAUAUCGUCGGAAGAGACCCCAAGACGGCACAGGCACUCCUGAGAGAGUACGUUGCCCCAUUCUUUCAAGAAAAGGCGUCUUUGCUAGGUGUCAAGCUUCAGGAACUGCUGUAUCACUACAUGAAUGGGUACGAUCCUAUGCCCUUGCUCAAGAACACACGAAGCCGGAAGGGGGGCGAGCGGCGAGUUCAACAAACCGCCCGUCAACUUGAGAAAGUGUAUCCAAAUCUGGAAGGGUUGACCCAUGAACAUGUGUCGAGAGCUGUGUUGGAAGCAGCUUCAGAGGCAACCCCGUCUAGUGAUUUUGGAACAGACAAAAUCAUUGAGAGCAUGGCCAAUUAUUAUGAUAGAUCACUUGACAUCUUCAUUGACAAUGUUGUGGUCCUCGGACUGGAAAACUGUCUUCUGCGCCAUCUCCCAACCAUCCUCGAUCCUGACAUGGUUCCUAACAUGACAGAUGAAGAUGUCGAAAAGGUUGCCGCUGAAUCACGUCCGGUAAAGCAGGAGAGAGAAGAGCUGCAAGUCCAACUUACCAAGCUCCAGAGUGGACAUGCUGCAUGCAGAGCGUUCCAGCCAAGAGACUUGCCUUCGUUCUCUGCGUCGAGCAGAAACGGGAUGGCAAUUGGCGGGACCGGCCUUGUUUUGAGGCGGGGACCUAGCCAGAGCCCAGCUCCGGUACCAAGCAUCGAAACCGACAGAACAGCAACUCCUGGGAGCCGACAGUCAACCGCUACACUCGGCCGCACACCUUCCUCUUCUUCGACAAGCACUGGUACACCACGUGUUUCGGGAUCUUCCGCUCCUGUUUCUGCUUCAGCCCCAGCUCCCCGCUCAACCUUCGCGGACAUGGAGAACCCACCCGCCCCCAGGUCUGGUGGGUUAUUCACCACCAUACAAUCCACGUCCGGGGUACUUAGCACUAAACCAGCCUCGCCCGGCACUGGUGGGCUAUUCGGAACGAGUGAUCCUACACCAACGGCUUCUUCGCUUUUUAGCCCCAAGGGCUCUUCAGCGUUUGGUAAUCCAUCAACACCGAACUCGGCGUCUUUGUUCUCUGCUCCCUCCGGCACAAAUUCCUUCACAUCAUUCGCCAAGGCUCCCACUUCUUCGUCAUUCUCCAAUGCCCCUACUGUUGCGUUUCCUUCCGGGGGAAUAUUUGGCAGCAGUAAUAACCAAAGUGGUGGUGCUAUGAAUAGUACGAAGCCGGGGCAGGCAUCAGGUUCGGGUUUUUUCGGCUUUCCUUCCGCCAAAACUGGAGGGGCUCAAGGCAGUUAGUUUUCUUCUUGCGUUGUC